GACCAUCAGCGGCCGCGACGCCAGCGGGCGCAAAUUGAGCAGGGGACGGCCACGGUCCGCGAGCCGGCCCUUCACACCCACCCAGCAGAAGCCUUUCAGAUUCGAGGAGAGGGCACGGGAGAGGCCCCGGACCAUCAUGGGCGUCAAGACGGAACAGGAUGUGCACAUCAAGAGGAUGGAGGCGGAGGCCGCCCGCAGGGGGAGCUUCAGGGCGAACCCCAUUCCGAAAUCCACCAGGGAACCGAGGUUUGAAAACAUCCUCUGGCAGCAGGACUUCCGGCGGCGGACCAACCACGACGCCGCAGUGGAGGUCUUGAACCAAAUGCAGGCGCCCUUUUCGUUCUACGAGCGCGACAAGCUCGCGGCGCAGGAACGCAGCAGGCGGAUGCGAAAAGACCCCAAGCGAUUCCAGGUUCCUUUCAAGGCGAAGGAUGUCCCCAAACACGUCAAAGAGGGCCCAUAUUUCAGUGGCCGUGGCGCCAAGGGCGACGCACAGCAUCGGAGGCGCAUCCAAAACGACUCCCAGUGUCACGAUGAGCACCUCCCUGAGCAGAGGUGGCCGUUUGUGAGCUCCAGGAGGAAGGUGCACUCCACGCCGCCGCCAGACUUUUCCUUGGAGCCCAGCUUCAAGGUGUCUGACACAAGGGCCAACCGGCUCAGGGCAAGGUCGAUCAGGAAGCUGAGGAGGAGGGGCAAGUAUGCAUCCCAGGAGGAGAGGGAGCUCAUGGAAGCAGAGAAGUUGCGGCGCGAGUCAGAACGUCGGGCCAAGCUUUACGUUCGGAUGCAGCAGGCCAAGGCUCGUAGCCUGGGCCUCACACCCGCGCCGCCUACCGCAACAGAGAAACACACUCUCCAACAGCCUGAACCAGACAUCAGCAGCAGGGAACCCAAGAGGGACCUUGAGAAUCGCAAGGACACGCCCGCACAGCACAUAAAGGCAAGGCACAAGCAGGUGGAGCAGCAGGCGAGGGAGAUUGUAGAGGAGGUGCUUCUCGAACAGGGGCUGGAUGUUUACAAGUACAUGGAACAGUGA